AUGGCUUCCGCGAGAAAGAAAGAUAUUGAUAUUAAUGUAUUAGCAAAUGAUAUUAUCAACACAACCUGUAAAACACCAAAGGAAAGGAUAAAUUUCUUAUUUUCUGGCAGUCCCAAUAGGAGUGAAGGAACCAGAAGAAUUGUAGAGACACUUAAACAAUUCCCACGGCAGUAUUUGAGUCCAGAUAGUAAGGACGAUGAAUUUUGACGCCUUUAUUCAGCUAGAAUUGAAUUUCAAGAUAGUUUAAAUAAAUGACAUGGAUUUGAGGAUGAACACAAAUUUGAACAUAACAAUUGAAAGCUUGGGGAUCCUGCCCUUUUGACAUAUGAAAGAGACGAAGAAAAGCAAUGUUGUAAGGUUCAAAUUAUCAAAUAAAUUCCAAAACAAAAUGAAUUUUUUGAUAAACGACCUAGAAUCUAAAAAGAAAGAACUAAUCGAUCUUAAAUUUUCUUGCAAAACUCCAAAAGAACAACUCCAAAACCUCAUGUCCCAGAUCAAAAAUACCAUAGAAAUCAUCAGAAAACGCCAUAAUGUUAUGAAAGAAUCAAGCAUUGGGAAGGAUAUAAGAAUGGAAGAAAGCCUGGAGGAAUCUUGUGUACAAAACAAGGAGGGUGUGAAAGAAUUAAAAGAUGGAAGGAACUUCUUGUGAGAUGAUUACAGACUUACUAGAGCUUCUUCAAGAGGAGACCACAAAAAAUCAAAAUCAUGUGAUUUUACAGCAAAAUGGAAGAAUGCUAAAACCAAGAAAAUACAUGCCUUAAACAAAGAAAUGAACAAGAUUAAGAAUAAAAUUAGUGAUUGUGAUAAAAUAAAGGCUCUUGAGAUCUAUAUUUGAAAUCUUACCGACCAAAUUAGUAAUGUCAAAAAUCAACUUGGAAGAAUGGAAAAAGCAACCCUUAACAAGGAGAAUAACCACAGAAGCUAUAGCCAGACAGAAAAGAAUAAGAAAGAAAUUAAAAAGGAGCUUAAAAGAUCUAUUUCUGAAUAUACCUCUGUUAGUAAUAUGGAAAAGCAAAAUCAGACUCAGAAGUAUCAGAAAUAUUACAGUUUCCACAAAAGUGGCAAUCCUCAGCAAAACUUGACGAUACCAAUGCUUAAAUUUGACCAAGUUGAUCAGAACUUCAACUUCAAGCGGCUGAAAAAUCCUCCUUAUAUGCAUAAUUUUGGCUCAAAAGCUAAAUAUCGGCCUAAAAUUGUUCAAAAUGAGGCUAGAAUGUCCAAAUACAUCAAAGAGGCAUCUUCAUUUGCGGAAAGGCGCCAAAAUAGACAGAGUUACAGUAAGAAUAUGAGGAAUGCAAAGUAUUUUAAUGUUUCAAGAGUCGAUCAAAACAGUACGUUUUGUAACCCUGGGAAGAUAUCUGAGAAGCUAAGAACAGAUACAGUGCCUGCUCACAACUAUGUAGCUAAUAAGUCAUUACACAGACUUCCAAAUGGACAGUAUAGGAUGACUAUUAAUUUGAAAGAGCUUAAGAAGACACUUUGAGGACCUAAGAUGGUUCAGAAUAGAGGGUUUAGUAAGGAGAAUAUAAGGAAAGAUAAUCAGGAAAAUAUUAAUGCUAAUUGAAGAGUAGAUUGGAAUUAAAUAAUUUUUUUAAGUAUA